AUGUUCGCUAUCACAAUCAAGUUCAUCACAGAUCACAAACUCACCAAUGAGAUUAGUCUUGAAGAGCUUAGCCAAUAUAUGCCAGAAAUACUUGAGCUCUUAACAGCUAAUAAAGAAAAAAGGCACCAGGCUCGUAAUCGUCUUAUAAAAGGUCAAGUACUGGUCCCAGAGAGACCAAGGUUGAAAGCUAAAGAAGUAAAUAUAUGUCAAGUAUUAGAUAGUACUAGUUCCAAGGAGACUAUUAAAGAAAUGGCUCAGUUCCAAAAGGAGCAUAGCGAGCAACAUGAAAAUGAAAGGAUCGAUUUUUCAGACUACUUCUUAUUAGAAUCAGUUAAGGAGAGACAGAAUUUAUAUGAUGUAUCUAAUAUACCUGAUAAACAAACUCUAGCUAAUGAAGCAAUUUCUUUCGAACAGUUAAGAGACCCUGGAAAGCUUGGAUCUAUAUACUUAAGUGCAUUUCUAAAAAAAGACGAAUUUAUUCCUAAAACAGAAAGUCAUAAACCACUACUUCCUAGCUCUUUGUGCAAAUUAGGGGCAGUAUUUGCAGUUGUAUCGAAUGGUGCGAAGAAUUUAUCAAAGGCUAUAACCAUUGCCAGUUAA